AUGGCCCAGUACGGCCACCCCAGCCCGCCCGGCAUGGCCGCGAGAGAGGAGCUGUACAGCAAAGUGACCCCGCGCAGGAACCGCCAGCAGCGCCCCGGCACCAUCAAGCAUGGAUCCGCGCUGGACGUGCUCCUGUCCAUGGGCUUCCCCCGGGCGCGCGCACAAAAAGCCUUGGCAUCCACAGGAGGAAGAAGUGUUCAGGCGGCAUGUGACUGGUUAUUCUCCCACGUGGGUGACCCCUUCCUGGACGACCCCCUGCCCCGGGAGUACGUGCUCUACCUCCGCCCCACCGGCCCCCUAGCACAGAAGCUCUCGGACUUCUGGCAGCAGUCGAAGCAGCUCUGCGGGAAGAACAAGGCCCACAACAUCUUCCCGCACAUCACCCUCUGCCAGUUCUUCAUGUGUGAGGACAGCAAGGUGGACGCCCUAGGGGAGGCCCUGCAGACCACCGUCACUCGCUGGAAGUGUAAGUUCGCGGCCCCCCUGCCCCUGGAGCUCUACACCUCCUCCAACUUCAUCGGCCUCUUCGUGAAGGAGGACAGCGCGGAGGUCCUCAAGAAGUUUGCCGCCGACUUCGCCGCGGAGGCUGCGUCGAAAACCGAAGUGCACGUGGAGCCCCACAAGAAGCAGCUGCACGUGACCCUGGCUUACCACUUCCAGGCCAGCCACCUACCCACCCUGGAGAAACUGGCCCAGAACAUCGACGUCAAGCUGGGGUGCGACUGGGUGGCUACCAUAUUCUCUCGGGACAUCCGGUUUGCCAACCAUGAGACGCUGCAGGUGAUCUACCCCUACACCCCCCAGAAUGACGACGAGCUGGAGCUGGUCCCCGGGGACUUCAUCUUCAUGUCUCCCAUGGAGCAGACGGGCACCAGCGAGGGCUGGGUCUACGGCACGUCCUUGGCCACCGGCUGCUCCGGCCUCCUCCCUGAGAACUACAUCACCAAGGCUGACGAGUGCAGCACCUGGAUCUUUCACAGUUCUUACUCAAUCCUAAACACGUCGUCUUCCAACGCGCUCUCCUUUGGCGACGGCAUACUGGAGAGGCGGCUGUGUGAGGACCAGGGCCUGGGGGAGAUGACCCCCCUGACUAUCAUUUGCCAGCCCACACAGCCUCUGAGGCUCAAUAGCCAGCCUGGCCCCCAAAAGAGAUGCCUCUUUGUGUGCCGGCACGGGGAGAGGAUGGAUGUGGUGUUUGGGAAGUACUGGCUGUCUCAGUGCUUCGAUGCCAAAGGCCGCUACAUACGCACCAACUUGAACAUGCCUCACAGCUUACCUCAGCGGAGCGGUGGUUUUCGGGAUUACGAGAAAGAUGCUCCGAUCACUGUGUUUGGAUGUAUGCAAGCGAGACUAGUAGGUGAAGCCUUAUUAGAAAGUAACACCGUUAUUGACCACGUCUACUGUUCCCCAUCCCUGCGCUGUGUUCAGACUGCAUACAACAUCUUGAAAGGUUUACAACAAGAAAAUCACUUGAAGAUUCGUGUAGAGCCUGGCUUAUUUGAGUGGACAAAAUGGGUCGCUGGGAACACAUUACCUGCAUGGAUACCUCCAUCCGAGUUAGCUGCAGCCAACCUGAGCGUUGAUACAACCUACAGACCUCACAUUCCAGUCAGCAAAUUAGUGGUUUCAGAAUCCUAUGACACUUACAUCAGUAGAAGUUUCCAAGUAACAAAAGAAAUAAUAACAGAAUGUAAAAGUAAAGGAAAUAACAUCCUGAUUGUGGCCCAUGCAUCUUCCCUUGAGGCGUGCACCUGCCAACUUCAGGGCCUGUCACCUCAGAACUCCAAGGACUUUGUGCAAAUGGUCCGAAAGAUUCCAUACUUGGGGUUUUGUUCCUGUGAAGAAUUGGGAGAAACUGGAAUAUGGCAGCUAACAGAUCCACCCAUCCUUCCUCUUACCCAUGGACCCACUGGUGGCUUCAACUGGAGAGAGACCUUGCUACAAGAAUGAACACACCAAUGAAGAAGGCAAAAGGCUUUGGAAAGCCUUUGGGAGGAGUGUCUUUUUGUGUGUUUAGUAACAGUGAAACGUCUGCACCACAUUAUAAGCGACAGCUCGGAAUAACUCAGCAUCCUUCCUUCCAUGCUUUAAAAUUCUUGUGAUGAGACUGUGCAUAAGGAGAAAACUCGAUUCAGGGAUAAAAUUCAUUCUCUCUGGACUCUUACCUAGCUAUCAAGGCUUUCGAGAAUUGUCUUCGUAAGGAGUUGAGGCACCUGCCAAGCAGAGGAUGUGUCCUUCCUUCCGCCUCUGCGUGGCCAAGGACCCUGAGUGUCCUCCCGAAGGGAGGCGCCAGCCUUGCCCAGGAAGGAGGCAGGAGAAAGGAGGCGUCCGGAGUCCAGCCCGAGGGACACUGAGCUGCUGGUUUGGUGAUGGGAUUUUCUUUUUAACUCCAUGUUCCAGUUAGGCAAAGCCCAGUUGAAGGAUUCUUUCUGGGUAAUCAGAGAACGUGCCCUGCCGAGCGCUGUCCUAGGUUCCACGUCCAGGUCCGCGGUGAGCGACCAGCAGCCCGCAGGCCUGGGGCGUGCGGAGCUGCCUCUGUCCGCAGCUGGUGCGCACCACUCCCCACCCCCGCCUCCGUCAGAAAUGGGGAGACAAGCUGUCUGCAGCACUUUUGGAUACUCAGGAGGAAAAUGAGAUAACUGUGUGAAGCAUUCAAUUGUAGGAGCAAAGAACUUCCACCAUCUAAAGCGACUCUGAAUUAUCCGUGUGGCCCCCAAGGAGCCACAGCACUUCAGAGUCGCCCUGGUUGCGGUCCUUGGCUCCUGAGCCUGGACGAGGGUGACUGUUAAGAAAGUUGACAUUGUGAAAGGAUGUAUGUUACAUACAGUAUUUGAGUCAGCAAAAAGCUCACUCUUGUGCAAUAUGGACAUCUACAAAUCAUGCCAAGGGUCAGGCUGCCGCCCCCUUGCAUACAGUGCAUGUCAGUCAUAACAGGUCAUCCACAAAUGCAUUGAUGAUACCAGGGAUGUAUACAGCGAAGUCAGGGAACUAAUUUAAAUGAUGACAGUCACGCUUGCACUGCUACUUGUGCUGUCGUUGUUCAUUUUCUAGGAUCAUUUUAAAUCUGUAGGUAGGGCUACUUAAGGCACGUUGGGAGGACCACAUCGUGUGGUUUCCCUUCACACCUGCUUCCCGAAUUUAGGGGGAGUUUAUUUUUAAAAAAUAAAUGACAAUCAAGCCAAAACAUCAGUUACAAUGUCUGAUUGCGUGGUGAGCUUAGUGCUGUGGCAGCAGACAGUGGUCCCGUGGGGUGCAGCUCACAGUGCAGAUGUGUGCAGACAAAGUCCCAGCCACUUACAGGAACAUCACUGUCAAACAGAUCAAUACCCAUGACAUAUGGUAUAUCAGAACAGGUGUGUGCUCCUGUUUGAAGUGAGAACUUGAUGAUCCCUGAGACGAAGAGGGAGUAGAAGUUUGCUGGCUCUGUAUGUUCAUCAGCAAGAAGAAUAUUGCUGGGUUUUUUAAAUUCACUUAAAGAAGUAUGUCAUGAAUUUUACAUUUUAAGAAGCAAAUCUUGAUUUCUUCUAGCAUUGCACAAACACCAUGCUGAUUCUGAGUAUAGAUGUAACUCCGCUGACAUCACUGAUUAAUAUAAAUGUUUUAACCUUCAGUUGGUGAAAUACUCUCAUUAAAGGUUUUUUUUUUUAUCCUCACUGCAGGAUAUAUGUUUUUUAAUUGACUUUAGAGAGAGGAAGGGGGAGAGAAAGAGAAACAUCAAUUGGUUGCUUCCCAUACGCACCCUAACCCAGAAUCGAACCUGCAACCUUUUUGGUGUAUGAGAGGCACCAAGCCAGGGCUUAUUCAAGGUUUUAGGAGAAACAUCACUUUACAGUCCUUUAAUCUGUAAGGAAGUGAGCCCACUGUUUAAUCAGAUUUAUAUUGUGUAUUAGAUUCUGCACAAAUGUCCGUGGACUUGCACUGCUCAGAGUGUUGCUCGAGUACGUCACGUGCUAUGUCCCCGAGAAGAACAGCAUAUGCUCUGGGCUGUAUCUGUGCUUACACAGAGCCAAACUCCGAAGGGCUCAGCUCUCCCAUUUUAUGAUGACCUGAUAGGUCAGUGUAGCUGGGUUACAGACAUUGUCCUCAGUCCAAUGUGGACAGAGCCUCAGACUAUUGUCUACAUGAACAACAAGAGGUAGAGAUCUGAAAUCAUUUUGUGAAUAAUUCAGGUGGCAAACUCUAUGGGAACAAAGAGUUUAUUCCUCUGCUUUAAUUAUCGAUUGUUUUUAAAAAUGGCCUGAAUAUCUGAAUUCACAUUAAAUUCUCUUCUCACAUUUACCUGUUUAAACAAUGGAACUUGAACUCCAAAUGAGAAAUUAUUUGGAAAUCAUGUAGAAUCUAUGUCUAUUAAAAGAAACAUGAUGUCAUAUCCAUACAAAAGUUCCAGGUUGAUAUUGCAACUUGAAAUUCAGGCCGGUUAUUUUUGAUCUGAUGCUUAUUAAGAACAAAUGUCGAUUGAGGGGCUCAGGGUGGAAAAGAAAGGAAGGGAGAAGGAAACCCCAGAUGACAACCCAAGGGUUCCUUGCAGAGAGGAACUUUUCCGCUAAUGGAGGAAGUUACCUGAGACAAACCGAGAUGAAAUUAACUAAAGGACUUAAUCUGGGAUUGAAAGUCUGAAACAUUUUGCUGCUUGUACAAGUGUGCCAUCUAAUACCCCAGCAUUAUUCAUAGACGGGACUCUGGUUUCCAUGAUUUUAAAAUGCCACAUCCCUUGGUGGGCAAGAGUAAUUGGCACAUUUUAAUGCGCAGCCGGGCGUUUGUGUUCCCGGGCUCACAUCCCCAUCUCUGCACUGGCAGCUCAGCGCUUACUGCUUCACCCCAGUUUGCAGCUCAGAAUACAGUGUUUCCCAUUACAUUUAGAUUCAUGGAAUCUGAAUGGCUGAUUAAAUGGCCACCUGAUGGCUGAAAGAGGGAGAUAGUUUCACUCCAAUGAAGGGCUUCCAGGAGUUUCUACUUUUUAUUUGAAUUACUUUAACCAAAGAAUUAUUUUAAAGUAACCUUAUAUUUGAAAGAUGAUUUUGCAAAAAAAUAAAAAUAAAAAUAAAAAAUAGUAUUUUCUGGAGUAAUGUCAGUUUGGUAAAUCGGUGUUGCUAAUUUCCUUGCAUUUUAGGCUGAUGUGGUCACUGUUGUGUCAGUGGUAUUUGGAAUGCAUCUCGAUUGUCCUCCAGUUGUGUUUAGCAUUAUCGUAAUGUAUCUUUUCGACUAGCUGCUUGGUAUUUCAAUCACCUAGUGUUAUUGGGAAGUAAUUGCGGAGCUACGGUGAGAGAAGUUCCUAUCUCUGCCUCCGAGAAAGGCGUCCUUGUGUAGUAAAAGGGAGGCCUUCCUUUGUAACCUAGGCACUCGGCUACCCAGUGUUUAAUUUGAAAGUCGUGCUGAAUUGCUCUUUUGAAUUUACUCUAAGUAAUGUGUGUGUUAGAAUGCAGAUGAGCUUCCUUUAAUUUUCACAGACACUGUCACAAAGGUACUGUGUUUGCUCCAACCGCUCAGAUAAUGAAGCACAGAGCUAUUUGCAUUUAAAUUGUAGUUUUGCACAUGUGUGAGCACCAAGAGGGCUAGCUGCCCAGCCAGGAGGGAUAAAACUGUAGAAGAGGCUGGGGAAAGAGCGAUUUAGCAUCUAUUGAGGUUAAUAUUCACUUUACAAAGGUCGGGGGGGGG